AUGCGAAGGUUAUUGCAGUUGUGGGUUGCUGAGGGGUUUGUUCAAACACCGAAUAGACCAAGCAUCGACUCUAAAGAUAUGGCCAUGACAUGUUUGGAAGAACUAGAGCGAAGAAACAUGGUUGAAAUUGCGGAAAGGAAAUCAGAUGGAAGCCCCAAGACAUGUCGUAUGUCGUGUUUCCUCUACAAUAUCUUCUUACCAAAAGCCGAGGAUAUAGGAUUUCUUCACGUGCACCGUCUCAAUUCAGAUUGCACACUUGCAAAUUCACAUAUUAUUCGGAGGAUUGCAGAUCAGUUUCUUGGGGUUAAGUCUACUUCAGAAUCUCAUACUCGAAAUCUAUGUUCUUAUGUUUCUUUCGAAGCCCAAAAGAGAGUUACAUCCAACACAAAAAUUGCUAAUUUGCUUAAUUCACUAGUCAAUAAGGGGAAAAGUUUUGUUCCUUUGAAGGUGCUUGAUCUAGAGGGUGUCUACAAACCUUGGCUACCCAAGAAACUCAGCCAGUGCUUGAAGAACCUAAGGUAUGUAGGCUUGCGAUGGACCGGCCUAUACACAUGUCCGGAUUCUAUUGGGGAUUUGCAAUCCCUAGAGACUCUAGAUUUGAAGUAUACUAAUAUAACCGCUUUGCCAAGUUCAAUUUGGAAGGCAAAGAGCCUUCGGCAUCUCUAUAUGACCGGGGUGUCCAUUCGAAAGCCAUCAUUGAAAGAGUCUUUGACUUCAACAUCCAAACUUGAGACAUUAACGGGGCUCGUGAUUGGUUCUAAAGAGGCAUCUGAUGAAGAAAAUGACAACUAUUGCUUGGACUGGUUCACAGGCCUAAAGAAAUUAGGACUCACUUGCCAUUCUAAAUCGGUAGAGAAAACAGUUAAGUGCAUGUCACGACUCGACAAACUUGAAACCUUGAAAUUGAGAUCAAGAGACCUUCCAUUCGGUCAACCUUCAGACCUCGUGUUGAGUCCUUUAAAAGACCAUCAGACUCUGUCAAAAUUGCAUUUGUUUGGACUGAUAAAACAUGGGAUACACAAUCUUCCACUCAAUCUCAAAAUCCUAACAUUGUCGAUGUCGUGA